GUUGAAUGCAUCUAUAGGAUAACUGAACACAGGGCUCACUGUCUGCACACCUGCCAGGAUACAGUUACACACUGUUAGGUGGAAACGAAGCUGCUCGUGUCGUUUGCCUUUAUUCCGCUGCUCACAUUCACGUCGUGGUUACAGACAGGUAUUUUAGGGAAAACUGUUUUAACAAUGCAGGGUAGGCCUACCAGCAUUUGAGAUUACCGGUCCAAAUGAAUGACUGUAUGCCAUGGACACUGCGCGAGAGGAAGGUGGGAAGGGGAGCGAGGAUGAUGCGGCCCGGGAAGACGCCACAAGUGUAGCUGACGUGUCCGUGGAAGUGGCUACGGUGGACGCAACUCUUAAUAAACUAUGCAGAAGAUACAACAGACGCAGAAGAAGAGCAAAAAAGCCAAAGAAGAAAAACCCAAUAUUAGAUCUACAGAAUCUGGCCAUCCUCAUUACAGUGGUGGUGUUCGUCAUUGUGGUGAUAAUGUGGUCUCUUCUGUGGGUUUUUAUAUUCCGGCGAGAGAGCAACAGUGGUGUUUAUUUUGCUGGUAUGUUCCGUGUUGCCAACGUGGAGUUUAUACCAGAGUACAGGCAUGCUGAUUCGAGUGAGUUUGUAUCCAUGGCUAACCGCGUACAGCAUGUGAUAACCAGCGUAUACCGAACUUCAUCGGUGUCCAGACUCUACAAACAAACCGUCAUCUCUGAUCUAAGUAAUAAUAAUCAAGGUGGUGUACUGGUGCAUUUCUGGAUGAUCUUCGUGGUGCCGCACCUGAAGACUCCAGCAGUGUGUGAGGAGUGCUUGAGUGCCAUCCUCAGGGACUCUGUGCUUAUGAGUCUGAAGAACAGGUCUUCAGUGGGCUUCCUGCAGGGCCUGCCUGUGGACAUCGACUCCAUUCUUGUCAAUGUUGCUUUACGCUCGGAUUACACAUCAACAGCUGUGGGCUCUCAGUGUGUGGAUAAGCUGUACGCAGGUGUUCCUGAUGUGAGUGUUCCCCUCAACGUGUUCUCUUCAUGGGGAAGCUUGAGCUGCUACAUCAAACUGACAAGUGUUCAAGGGUCAGUCGUCCGACUCACUGUGAACAGCUUGAGUAUUGACCCUAGUGACUGUAUCUAUGAUUCCCUCACCGUGUAUGACGCUCUGCUCCCUAUGAGAGGCAUGAUUCUCUACAGGUUUUGUGAAUCAGUGUCAGCCCCAAUCUCAUUGGUCUCCACCUCCAAUGUCAUGCUGCUCUCAUUCAGACUCACACAAGGCAGAAAGAUCUUCCAAGGAUUCUUCCAGGCUCUCAUGGAGGAGCAGUGUAUAAAUAUGAUAGCGUUACCCGCUGGCCCAGGUGAUGCUGGAGUGAUAACAAGUCCAUUCUACCCCAAUCUGUUGCCCCGUCAGUGCUCCUGCUCCUGGAUGUUUCAGAUGCCCAGCGGUGCUCUGGGUGUAGCUCUCAGGUUCCAGAACUACAUGCUUAAACUAAAAGACUUGCAAAACUGUGAACACGGCUGGUGGAAAGUCAAUGAGAUUAUAUAUUGUGGAAAUUACAUUGACCACUCAACUGUCUUCCGUGUUCCCGCUCAAAAGCCUGAAGUGGUUUUCCGCUGCAGUUCACGAAGUGCUGACCAACCUUUCAGUGCCACUUACAGCAGUUACAACAUCAGUCAGCCGUGCCCAGAAAGUCACUUCUUGUGCACUACAGGCCUGUGUGUGGAAAAGUCCAAGCGCUGUGAUGGAUUGGAUGACUGUCAGGAUGAGAGCGAUGAGAUUUUUUGUUCUAAACCUCCUAAAAUCUGUGGGGGUUCGUCCCCUUUGCACCCAUUAUACAUCUGUAAUGGAGAGAUGGACUGUUCCAGUGGUAAAGAUGAGACCAACUGUACUCAAGAGACUAGCUGUUCUGGAGUCAGUUACCAAUGUGACAAUGGAGCCUGCAUUCUUAAGAAAAAUGCAAAAUGUGAUGGCUUACCCGACUGCUUCGACCAAAGUGAUGAGAAGGACUGUGCCUGUGGCAAUCCCACCCCUUUAAAGCGCAUAUUUGAUAGCGCCUCCCCACAACAGCGCAUUGUAGGUGGGAUCAAUGCGGUGGAAGGAGAGUGGCCGUGGCAGGUCAGCAUGCAUUUUUCCGGUCAGCUGUAUUGCGGAGCAUCGGUCCUCUCUAAUGAGUGGCUCAUUUCUGCAGCGCACUGUUUUAGCAAAGAGAGGUUGUCAGAUCCACGUAUGUGGAUGGCUCAUCUGGGCAUGCUAAACCAGGGGAAUGCCAAGCACGUGGCCGAGAUCCGUCGAAUUGUGGUUCAUGAGUUCUACAAUGCAAGAAAUUUUGACUAUGACAUUGCCCUCGUGCAGUUGAAGAAGGCCUGGCCCAGCAGCCUGGAACAAUAUAUCAAGCCCAUCUGUCUGCCGGCCCCUUCUCAAACCUUCACUGACGGGCACCGCUGCUGGGUCACCGGUUGGGGUUACCGUUCUGAACAGGAAAAGGUGCCACCCACAGUAUUGCAGAAGGCAGAAGUUAGCAUUUUAAGUCAGAGUGAAUGCAAGAGAAGCUACAGCCCCGUGUCACCUCGCAUGCUGUGUGCUGGCGUGGCCUCAGGAGAACAAGAUGCCUGCCGGGGGGAUUCGGGUGGUCCUCUGUCCUGUCAAGCACACGCAGGCAGCCGCUGGUUUCUGACGGGUAUUGUGAGUUGGGGUUCCGGCUGUGGCAGACCCAACUUUCCCGGAGUUUACACCAGAGUGGCCAAGUUCAUAGAUUGGAUCCAAAGACAUAUUUAAAAUGCAAAGCCAAGUAAAUCCACCUUAUAAUUCAGUCUGUAACUUAA